AUGCUAGACAGACUCCCAAAUGAACUCUUGCUUUGGAUCUGCAAGAGCCUUGGUAAAAACGACAUCGUUUGCUUGACCGCUUGCUGCCGGAAAACCGCAGCAAUCUGCACAGAAGCUCUAUUUGAUUGCCUCCAGCACGAUGAAAUGUCACCCCUUCAUCGAGCCAUACUCGCAAGACGACUAGACGUUGCGCACCUUUUGUUGACUCAUUACCACGCAAGUCCCAACUCCGAGUACCGUGGGAUGAGCACGCUUCUUCUCGCCAUUGAGAUGAGCUACCCACAAGCAGUUAAUCUCAUGUUGGAACAUCACCCACGGCUUUCCUAUAUUUGCGACUUUCAAGGUCGAGGGCCUUUGUCAAUCGCGGUCACGAAGGGCAACUUUGACAUCGUUGAACGCCUGUUGCAGUACCCCGCGCUGGACGUCAAUGACCGAUGCACCGAUGGCAUGUCCGCUUUGAUGUAUGCAGUGAAAUACUCGGAGCACGCCAUUCUAAGCCAUCUUCUGACCGAUUCCCGCGUGGAUGUCAGCAUCGAAGAUUGCUUUGGACAGAAUGCGCUACACCUCGCAGUCCGAAAGGAAGGAUAUAUCUCAGUGCAGAUCUUAGCCCGAGACCCUCGCUUGGAUGUCAAUUGGUGCGGCACCCACCGGAAUACGGCACUACUUCUCGCGGUCAAAACCAUCAAGGGGAGGUCGUCGCGUGGGAUAGUAGAAGCCCUACUGCUAAACCCAAAGCUUGACAUCAAUCACCAAGAUUUUAGGGGGCGCACGGCGCUGUGGCACGCGGUGGACCAGCAGAAUGAAGAGCUAGUGCAGCUGGUCUUGGACCAGGAUAGCCUCCGUUUGAAUGAUGCGGACGAUGGCGGUCUUACCCCUCUUGCGCGAACAACGGAGCAUCAAAGCCCUCGCUUGCUGCAGAUGCUGCUGAGCCAACCGGAAAUAUGUAUCAAUGCCAUGCCUGGUCCGGCUGUUCCACCGUUAUGGGCCGCGUGUCGGGCGGGUUCGCUCGCCACGGCUCAGAGCUUGCUGACCCAGAAAUCUAUUCAGAUCAAUGAGAAAGCCCCGUCUGGAACGUCACCCCUGCAUGUGGCCGUGAUCAAUCAACACUUGGAUAUUAUGUCUCUUCUACUCUCGCAGGAAGAGAUCCUACUGAAUGAGGUUGGGCCCUUGGGCUUCACGGCCCUCAUGUUUGCUGCUGCAAGCGGGUAUACUGCAUGUGUUGAACGGCUGUUACGACACCCGCAGAUUUAUCUUAAAGUGAAAGAUGCGUACGAUUACUGCGCUUUCCGCUUGGCGAUACUAUAUAAACAUGUUCGGUCGAUUAAUAUGUUACGCAGUGCGUUUGUGCGGCAGACAAUACGAGAGUUAGGCUGA